ACUCAGAGCAGCGUGAUUUCCGGACAAGCCCUGGGGUCCCUGGCUGUCUGGAAGUCUUUUGUGUGGAGCACAAUGAGCCUGGGCCUUGUCCUUUUCUGUGGACUGCUGGCUCUGAAGACGGGGUGGACAGAAGAUCUAGGCCCCAGAUCCUCAUUACGCUCUGUGGACGUGGUUCUGGACUGCCUCUACAUAGAGGAAACUGCAGGAGAUUUGCCAGGUUCAUUUGCUAGCUCAUUUUCCCAGGACAGUGCCACUCUGGUGCUGAGAGAUGUCAGUGUCAUCGAUGAUGGGAGCUUGGACGAUGUCACCAAUUAUGAAGCGCCAGGGGCAAGCACUGGCUCCGCACCCCCCCUCAUCUUUGAGGCUUCGGCCAAGUUGGUAGCCAUCCCAUAUGCAGAAUCCCUGCUGCAUGCAGACUGUUCUGGAGAGGAGGUGACUUGUGAGAUCUCUCUGUACAGCCGACACCAGACAGAUGAGGGGACCUGCCAGUCCUCCUGGUUCAUGGGGACCCUGAAGCUGUCCAGUGGGAUCAGUAUUGCUCUAGUGCUGAGGGGCCCCUGCAGGAGUGAUGGGAAGGAAGAGGAGAGAAUGAUUGUGCUGCACCCAAAGCUGAAGGUCCCUGUAAGCAAUGAGGGGACAGUGCUAACAACAGUUGAAUUCCAGUCAUCAUCUCUCACCCCGACCCUGCGCACCCGUCUUGGCAGCUCCGUCACCCUGAACUGCAGGUUUGCCUUGGCACCUGGCUCUCCACUGGCUUUGCUGGAGUGGAGGCUGCAGCACCAAGGCAGUGGGCGCAGUGUGUUCCGGUACCAGACAGGGAGUGAGCCACAAGAAGAGCAGCCAACGGCCCAUGUGGACAUGGUGCAGCUGCUGGAGACUGGCGAUGCAUCACUUAGCCUGCAUGGUGUGGGCAUGAAGGAUGAAGGGACGUAUAUCUGCUUGGUGUCCAGCCCCAAGCAUCAAACACAGCACAUCAUCCAGCUGCAGCUGGCCGAGCCCCCAAGAGUCCGCUUGUUCCCAGACCUGGUGUCACGGGAGGGUGAUGGAACUACGACCCUGACCUGUGAGAUUUCUGGCUACUACCCCCUGGAUGUCUCAGUGAGCUGGACCCGGGAGUCCCCUGAGGAUGAAGACAAGGUGCCCAUCCCAAGCUCGAGCAUAUAUUUUUCCAGCCACAGGCAAGGCCAGGUUGGCACCUAUAGCAUCAGUUCCUACCUGCUCAUCAACUUAGCAACAGAACUGGCACCAGUCACCUUCAGCUGCCAUGUUUCACACCUAGCCCUUGAGGAGCCAGUUGUAGUUAGUGCCCAUCUCAGAGCACCAAACCAAAAAACAUCCAAAGUGGUUGUGGGAGUCAUCAUCUCUACUGCCCUCUUUGUUGUUGCUCUCUUUGGCCUCACACACGGAUGGAGAAAGCCAGUUGAUCUGAAAGCUGAAUAAUCUCUGGAGACUUCAGAAUGAAAGGGACAGUGACCUCAGCUACCCAUGUUCCUGUACCACCUCUGACAGGUGCCAUCCCAGAGGGCAAUCCAACCACUUAAAAACUGAUCUCAUUUUACAUGGACAGAAUGAUUUGUCAGGCACCUGAAUCCCAUGUGGUAGGGUCAGGAACCCUCAUGCUGCUUCUUGUUGGAAGAACAGAGCAGCAGUGUGAUCUAGGAAGAUGGAUUCACUGAAAAGGGAAUGUCUCCACCUUGGGAAGGUUACCUUGUUAACCCCACUGGCAUUGCUCUUCCCACACUGCAGGGUCUCACUGCCUUAUGUAGUUGAUAACAGAGUUAGGAACUAUUGCUUUAUCAAAACAAAUAGGGAGUAGGUUGCCCCUAAACAAUGGACACUCUGGGGUGGGGGAACAGCCAGCUCACAUUCAGUCUGUGCUGAACAUGGAAGAGUUGGUAGAAACUCAAUUUCCCACUGGAAUGAUCCCAUCUCUGGUCUUAGUUAUGGCUCUAAUUAGCCAACAAAGCCCACCUGGGUAUCUUUUUUGAAAACUGCAUUUAGAAAACUCAGAGCAGAGAGAGAAUGAUCUGUAAUGAAUGGGGGUCACUCUAGAGCUGAACCAGACCACACCUGCACUGUUUACUGUUGGGUUCUUUUAGGACCUCUCCAGUUUGAUUUGUGGUACAUAUUGGGUAUGAGGUUGGCAGAACAGAGCAGACCUUCACUAAUCAUUAUAUAAUUCACAGCUUUUGCCCUUUUUACAGAAAUAAUCAACAAAGAAGAAAUAGUUCAUUCUCUCAGACUUAGUCAAGGGCAGUAGAGUGGAAAACAGGGAAAACAUACUAGGGUAAAGAGAUUCUUCCCAGCACUGAUCCCUUCCCCAUGGGGCACUUCAGCCAUAGCAGCAAAGAGAAAUUGAAGCUAGGCAAAAAUUUUAACUUCAUUUCUUUGAUAAAUAAAUGUAGGACAGAUCCAACUGGCACUAUUCAUAGGCUCUAAGGCAGGGGUGGACAGUUAUUUGGGCCAGAGGGCCACAAAGAGAGUUUUGGUGAGCUGUUGUGGGCCAGGUCACCCUUCCAACAGCUCAACAAAACUCCCUAAGUGGCCCUGCAGCCCAAAUAAUUGCUCACCCCUGAUCUAAAGGCAGAAAGAAAACAGGUUACAGAAACCUAACCUUUGUUCCCUCUUCUCCUUGCACCCACUUCCCUGCCCUGAGUCCCUGAUACACUGCCAGGCUGGUAUCACUCUGUGUUCCUGCAUGCUGCUUCAGGCCAAGUGGGUGCACCUGGCAUGGCUCCUGCCCAACCCACUUACAUGCUGGGGACUCAGGGUCAAGCAGUAGCUGCACCAGCCACUCCAGCUGUGCCCAUGUGGCUCAGCCUGAAGUGGCACAAGGGAACACAGCACAGCAACACGUUAACCACACCCAUGCCCCUACCACACCUUGGCCUGGCAGAGCCCAGAUAACCUAGAGCUCCUGGCCCUCUUCGCCUGCACCCCUUCCCUCACCACGGGGAAGAACCUUACCUGAGCUUCCACUUGCUGGGGACCGAGCUGUCUGGUCUGCAAAUGGCCACAGGGUCAGAGCUGCACACAGACAGACUCACCAGGCAGAAGCCUGGCCAGGAGCUCAGUGCCUCCUGCCUUGAAGUGUACCCUGGGGCCUGGGGAGUGGGACAAGACAGUCCUGCCAGGGAAGAGAGUGGCUGCUGCUGCUGCUUCUAUAGCCAGCUUGCAUGGGGAAGGGAAAAGGGCGAGAAGCACCGAAAGCCAGGGCAACCACAGGCUGGAUACAAUUCUCCAAAGGAGCAUCUGCAAGCCAGAUAAAAUCAUGUGGCAGGCCAGGUCCAGCCCACAGGCAAUAUUUUGCCCGCCCCUGCUCUAAGGCCAGAAGGUACUGCCAUGAUCAUCAACUCUGGAUUAAAGCAGGUCUUUAAAAAGAUUAUCUAUAUUUAUAUAUUUAUAUAAUUUAUGUAAUCUUUUUAAAGAUAUAUAUAUAUGUAUAUAUAGUUUCAUUGUGUAUAGUAUAAGUAGAUAUGUGUGUGCAAGUAUAUAGUUUGUGCUUUGAAAGGGAUAAAUUCCCAGUGCUGAGAAAACAUAUGCACAAAAUUGACUGAGUAAGCCUUUUGGCCAAGAAAAAUGUGAUGAAAAUUGGGAGAUAUUUUAGAAGAGUUCACAAAAUGGUUAAAAUCUAUGAUUCCAUAGCUAUGAAUCAGGACAGAUAUGCUUAAUAUCUAUCCUGGUUAAGAGAGGAACCAAAGGGAGUGAUUAAAUUUGAUGGGGAAUGCUAAAUACAUGUUGGAAAAUGCCAUAGUUCGUAGAGCUAAAGACAAUAAAAAAUAUAUUUUUUAAUGUAUUGGGCAUGUCUACACAUGCCCCUUUGGCACCAUUGUUACUGCGCUGUGUGCACGGUUAUUUUUCACUGCUACGUUACUUUAGUGACUCACUAUACUGAGGAAGUGCACCUCUAUACCAACGUAGGCUGCGGUGUUGUGGUUUUUGCCCAUGAACGCUACAUUAGGAACAAAAGAAAUCUUUCCAAUGGUUAGGUUCUUUGGUAGAUGAAGAUGGAACAAUAACUAAUGAUGCAGAAAGGGCACAAUCUUUCAAUAAAUAUAUUUAUGUUCCAUAUAUGGAAAGGAGCAGAAUGAUAUAUUCAGCUUGCAUGAGGAUAAUGAACUAGGAAUUCAGGUAAUAGCUAGCAUCUGCUAAGGAUAAUUAUUUUAAAAUGGGCACACCUACCAUUAUACAAACAUGAGGAGAACUCUCUCCCACUGUUGUUAAUUCUUAAUACAACUUGGAAUACUGGAGAAAUUCCAGAGGAUUUGAAGUAUGCUAAUGGUUUAGCAGUAAUCAUAAAGGACAAGUGAGGGGAAAAUUAGUGGCCUAUUUGUAUUCACAGUCCCAGAGAAAACAAUGGAAAAACUGGUAGAAAAAUAAUUUAACAAGGACUUAAAGGAUGGUAGUAUAACUAGUACCAGUCAACAUGGUUUUUUGAAAAAUGGGUCUUGUCAAGUAAGCCUGAUUCAUGGCUGACAUAAUAUAUUGGGUUAGUAAAGAUAACUGAAAUAUAAAGACCUUUGGGAAGCAUUGACUUAGCACAGCACCACUUUCUGAUGAAGCAGUAAUAUGCGCUAAUGAUAAAGCUCACAUUCUCUGGAUUAAGCACUGACUGACAAUAUUAGAACAGUGGUUGUAAACAUUGAAUCAUCAAUCAACACAAAAUGGGGUUGUUUAUAUGGGAGUUUUGCAGAGACAGGUUUUAGCUUUAUGCUAUUCCAUACUGUUAUCAGUGGAAGUAACUCUGAAAGGAAAGGACUGCUGAAAAAUGUGUGGAUGAUAUGAAGAUAAAUAGUGUGGCAAAUAAUGAGAAAAAUAAGGCAGUCAUUCUGAGUGACAUGGAUUGCCUAGUAAAUUGGCCAUAUUCAAACUAAGUGCAUUGAAAUGCACCCAAAUACUUGGACAGAAAAUGCAACCUAUACCUUGAGGAUGGGGAUUGCAUCCUGGAAAGCAGUGGCUUGAAAGAAAGAGUUAGGGGUUUGCCAGGCACCCAAAUAUAUUCUACCUAAUAUGUUGCCCUGGGCAAAAAGGGAGAGCACAGUCCUGGAGGGGAGUAAUGAGUUGGAAUGUGAUUUUUUUUUAACUGCUGUGUACCACACUGAUGAGAACUGUGGUAGAAUCCUAUUAUAAAGAAUAUGGUAGACUUCUCUAUUUAUUCUAUGAGAAUUAAGUAUAUUUCUGUGGGAUUAGGUUUACUGUUUUUCCGGCUGAAAGAUAAUGAAGAGUUAAAAAGUCUUAUCCAGUAGCUAGCAAACUGACAAUGGAGGCGUUCAUUCAUAUACUUCAGAUGCAGUAUGAUGGGAAAUCUAAAGCAAAGAACUUAAAAACAAAUGAAAAGCAGAGGCUCUGAGGCAGAGGUGCUGACUACAUGGGGUCCUGAGGGCCCUGACCCCCUUAGAAAGAGGACUGCCACCUGAAAUGCAUAGAACUUUCUAAAUGUCCAUCAUCUUAGCACAACCCCCCACAACAAAAAUAAAAGUCAGUGCCUAUGCUUUGAGGACACAAGGGAAGAGGACCUGCAGACAAACACUAUUGUAUGGUUCCCAGCUAUUGGGCACUGUUGAGGCCUACUUUAUCUUGCAAGGAAUGGCCAAAUUUAGUUCAGGUAAUAGGUUUAUAAACUAGUUGUUUUAGCUUUUUUCCUUUCUGGUUUUGAUGCUCUUAUGAAAAAGAAAAUAUUUAUAUUGAACAACCUGUGCUUUGUUUCUGCGCUUGCAUACUGAUCUUAGACUCCUAGGCUAUAAACAGAUGUUGUAUUUCU